GCCGGCCGGGCCUGGGAACGUGGCUGGUUGGAGGAGGUAGAUCACCCUUUCUGCGGUGGACGAUUUCGUCGGUGGUAGAAUUUUGGAGUCUGUAUUCUUUGAAGUGUCUAGACGGAACUAAUGACGGAAGUCAACUUAGCCCCAGCAGGAAAGCUGGAGCUCCUACCCAAAGUUGGAGGAAAUUCAGGGUCCUGAAGUCUUUGCUCUCCCCAUCUGCAUGCAGGCUGCUACCAUGAGGUUGAAUCAGAACACCUUGCUGCUGGGGAAGAAGGUGGUCCUUGUACCCUACACCUCGGAGCAUGUGCCCAGCAGGUACCACGAGUGGAUGAAAUCAGAGGAGCUGCAGCGUUUGACAGCCUCGGAGCCGCUGACCCUGGAGCAGGAGUAUGCCAUGCAGCGCAGCUGGCAGGAAGAUGCAGACAAGUGUACCUUCAUUGUGCUGGAUGCCGAGAAGUGGCAGGCCCAGCCAGGCGCCACCGAAGAGAGCUGCAUGGUGGGAGAUGUGAACCUCUUCCUCACAGAUCUAGAAGACCCCACCUUGGGGGAGAUCGAGGUCAUGAUUGCAGAGCCCAGCUGCAGGGGUAAGGGCCUUGGCACUGAGGCCGUUCUCGCGAUGCUGUCUUACGGAGUGACCACGCUAGGUCUGACCAAGUUUGAGGCUAAAAUUGGGCAAGGAAAUGAACCAAGCAUCCGGAUGUUCCAGAAACUUCACUUUGAGCAGGUGGCUACGAGCAGUGUUUUUCAGGAGGUGACCCUCAGACUGACAGUGAGUGAGUCCGAGCAUCAGUGGCUUCUGGAGCAGACCAGCCACGUGGAAGAGAAGCCUUACAGAGAUGGGUCGGCAGAGCCCUGCUGAUGGCUGGGCCUUGUGGGCAGCCACUCUGUGUGAGCAGGGUGUUGGGCCCAUACACUCCAAAGACCAGAGCCCUGCACUGGGAGAGUGCUCCUGGCCCAGGCUGGGAAUCACCUUUCGAGGCCCUUCAGACUCUGGCGGGGCUUGCUGUGGCCUCCCUCCAGCUAGUGGUGUGGCUGAGCAGACUCCAGGGCCAGGGCCAGUUCCCUUCUCCCCUCCCGGCCAAACCCAGACCCAGACUCUAGGAAGCUGGAAUGGAGGGCAGGGAUCCAUGGGAGAUGUCGGGAUGAAGGUGGGAGCCGGAGGUGCAGGGGGACCUGGAACAUGGAUGGGAGUGGACAGGCCUUUCUCCUUAGAGGCCAGAGGUGCUGCCCUGGCUGGGAGUGAAGCUCCAGGCACUACCAGCUUUCCUGGUUUUCCCGUUUGGUCCGUGUGAAGAGCUACCAGGAGCCCCAGCCUCACAGUGUCCACUCAAGGGCAGCUUGGUCCUCUUGUCCUGCAGAAGCAGGCUGGUGUGACCCUGGGAACUUGACCUGGGAACAACAGGUGGUCCAGAGUGAGUGUGGCCUGGCCCCUCAACCUAGUGUCCGUCCUCCUCUCUCCUGGAGCCAGUCUUGAGUUUAAAGGCAUUAGUGUUAGAUACAGCUCCUUGUGGCUAGAAAACACCCCUCUGCUGGUAAAGCUCUGGGGGCACUGAGGAAGCAGAGGCCCCUUGCGGGUGCCCUCCUGAAGAGAGCGUCAGGCCAUCAGCUCUGUCCCUCUGGUGCUCCCACGUCUGUUCCUCACCCUCCAUCUCUGGGAGCAGCUGCACCUGACUGGCCACGCGGGGGCAGUGGAGGCACAGGCUCAGGGUGGCCGGGCUACCUGGCACCCUAUGGCUUACAAAGUAGAGUUGGCCCAGUUUCCCUCCACCUGAGGGGAGCACUCUGACUCCUAACAGUCUUCCUUGCCCUGCCAUCAUCUGGGGUGGCUGGCUGUCAAGAAAGGCCGGGCAUGCUUUCUAAACACAGCCACAGGAGGCUUGCAGGGCAUCUUCCAGGUGGGGAGACAGUCUUAGAUAAGUAAGGUGACUUGCCUAAGGCCUCCCAGCACCCUUGAUCUUGGAGUCUCACAGCAGACUGCAUGUGAACAACUGGAACCGAAAACGAACAUUAUAAAACGAACAUUAUAAAACGAA